AUGCAUCUCGACCCUGGUGACGGCAGGAGGCCGACCGCUCAAGAUGAGGAAAGCUACUGGCAAUCCAUCCAACUGUUGCAAAAGGAAGACGACGAGAGACUGGAGGGCGAGUUCAUGGCCAACACCAAGUACUACAUGAGCCGCCUGACGGACUUGAACCUCCAGAAGCAGGACCUCGAGAGGCGUGCGCUCGAGGUCCACCGCGCAAUUACCCGAGAGCACAAGAGCUUGGAAGACAUCACCAACCACUUCCAGGAGGCUAGGAAGGACCUGCUGCGCCAACGAGAGAACCACCAUCGUGCCGUGGCCGCCUGGUUCGCAGAGGAGCGCCGUAAGGAGAACGAAGAGAGCGCUAGGAUUGCCGCUGCCGCCCUUGCUGCACCCUCGCCGCGUCGCAAUAACGCGCCCGCCGACCCUGUGCAGGCCAACGAGACAGUCAACGGACUACACAACACCGCACCCAACGCCACACCCAACACCGCAACCAUUAACGGGGACCAUCGCAACGCUCUUUAUCCGUCGAUAUCAACUCCGGCUAAAGCUGACCAGCCGCCGCUCACCGUAAUUGUUGAUGCGCUGGGCCGCCCAGUUGGCCCCGUGAAUCGACUUACAUCCAGCAACAAGUCCGUCAUAUACCUGUCUGGACUGCCCCAGAAAAGACCGGUCCAUCUUCGCGACGGCGUUGUUUUCAAGCAGGAUGACCUGCAGCAGCUUGGAGGGUCAGAGGAAAAGUGGAUGGGAGCCGUUAUCCAAGCGACUGGUCUCGUCCGCAAGCAAGCCCAGCAGUGCAGUCAGUGUGUCAGGAGCCAAGGUCCCUUUGCGCAAUGCAUCAGUCUCGAUACUCCCGAGUUACAGGCAUGCGGAAACUGUGUAUGGCUGAGAUCGGAUUGCUGCGAAGCACCGGCCGCGGAGCAAACACCAACCAUCACAAAGUUCAAGGCUUUAAAUGCGACUGCGCAAGAGACCCAGCAUGACCGCCUUGGUAACAGCAGCUUUUUCAACGGCUCUGCAACUCCCUCAUCCCUUAGUAGACCAAACUCACGGGAUAAGAGCUUCGCCGAGGGCUCAACGGCCACUGACGAAGCAGAAGAGGACCUGGCCCCAAUCACCAAGGCAACUCUCACCCUCAAGCACGAUGGGAAGGUUUAUACACACCCCGAAUGCAUGGAAGGUGUUCCGGUCGAGAAGGUUGACCAGAACCACCCUUACUGGGAUCCAUCCUGGCCCGAGAUCGCGCCGAUGAUUGAACCGACUCUGCAGACAUGGCGAGACAAGCUGCAGGCCGCCCUCGAGAAAGGGCAGAACAGCAUGAAGUUCCAGCUCGGCCGACAGGUGAAUCGCGGAGAGACCAUUCUGAAGUUCCUGGAAGACGCCGACUUUUGCCCUUACCAGCUGGUGGGGAAGAAGUACAUGAUGAGCCGCCUGGUUUCGUACGACACCAUUUUCCGGUUGGCCGACACUCUGCGGACCCUGGAAGGCUUCAAGACACUUGACAUCACGCCCUUGGAAUGGUUGCGACAGCGUUUGCAGGAGCUUAUCAUUGCCGAAGGCCCCAGCUUCAACCUCGCCAAGACGAUUCACGACUUCUACCACGAUUCAAAAUACGUCGCCCUGAGACUCGCCAACGGCAAGAAGAGCAUCGGCCGGCCAUCGGGCAUGAAGAUGACCCCGCGGGACUCUCCCGGUUCCGGCAAGGGCACCCCGAGUGCGAAGAAGCGUAAACUUUUCAUCAACGAAGAGUUCCCCGGCGUCUCGCAGCGUCCCCUUGCGCCAACGCCAACGCCAAUGCAUCAGCCCCAGCUCCAGCCCCAGCUCCAGCCCCAGCCGGUACUGCCGUCACAAGCCCAAAUCCUUCAAGAUGAGCCACAGCGGAGCGCGCCGCCGACGCCCGAGUUUGCUAGGCCGUUUAAGAAGUUCAAGAUGGCACAGUUCCCUAAAAAGGCCAAAGACCCGGAUCUCGUAUACGACGGCUUCACCGAUACCGACGAUUACAGCGGCGAUCACAUUGGCAAGCACGACUGGGCGCUGAGCCGGAUCAAGUCGCGGCUGAACACCGUUAGCACCGGUGUGACGCAGUACUGGCACUGGAUUCCCGACGAUGGCGAACAGAUUUUUGAGCAUCAAGUACUUGCCGAAGGUGAUACGUUCACCUGGGGCAUAUACGCGAAGCCCAUCAACUUCCAUCUGGAGUUGGGCCAUGUGCAGGAAAUGCUCUGGGCCACUGGGACGCUCAAGGUGGUUGUGGUGUGCAAACAGGGCGUCGUGAUCUCGCCUGACGGCGAGCCACGAGGAAACCUCUUGGUCGAGUUUAAGCGAGAACGUACCAAGCGGCGCUUCUUGGUCUUUUGCAGCAAGAAGGGUAUUCAGUUGGAGAAGAUUGAACGGGGCAUCAUUGAGAGGGCGUGGGACGCGUACGAAUCCCCGGAUGUCCCGGCGAUGCCGGAUUCGGAGAUUGAUUAA